AUGGUGGCGGAGUACUCCGACUAUAGAUUCAAAGCACCGCGAGACGGAUUUCAAGCAUCUCCCUCUUCGUACAAGGAGGACUCGUCGAAGCCGCCAUCGACCCUCCGCCGACCGCAACAAUUAACAAAGCAAAAUCACAUCCCUAAGCCGAUCAUGUACACCUCUACCUUGUAUGAACAGAACAAAGGCGCCGAACCAGCUCGUAUCCUCAAUGCGCACCCAUCCGCUGCUCCAGAAUUUCCAUUCCUUUCGAGUCGUCUUUUGUACCUUCCCUUGGAGCUCCGAAACAUAAUUUAUGCCCAUCUCUAUACCGACUCCACCCCCGGCCGUCUUCUAUCGCACGAACUUCUUCGAGAUCCCGGUCGCGGCGCACGCGCGGCAGGAAUGGUCUCUCGUUACAGACACUACGGGAGUAGUGUCGCGCCCCAGGACGUGCUGACGAAGCUCUAUAUUUCGCGCCCGCUGGAAAACCUCGUGGAUCUCGUCGUGGCACCUUCGUACGCAGCGGGUCUGCGCGACUUCGUGUACAACCGCAGUGCGCGUCUUUCUUUGCCCAAGGGCGCCGUGUCGAGUCCACUACUGAAAGCUCCCCAUCUGCGCAGUGUGGAGUUCCGACUCAGCCGCGACUGGUCGCAGAGCGUGGGUACACCCGAGAUGCUGAUGCUGAAGAUGCGCGAGAUGCGCGGGUGGCGACAAACAUGGGUCUGGAGUGUGUGCCGAAGCGGGGUUUUAGGGAUUCCAGGGACUACUCACGCACGUUCAACGUGCGGGAUGAAGAGGAUGAAGAGUGUGGGCGAGAAGAAGCCGGUAGAUGUGUUGGAUUGGGAGUUGGAGAAUGAGGUGCUGUGGAAGAAGGAGAGUACGACAGCAGCGACAACGACAGCGACGACUCUGACGACGACUCUUGAAGAAUACGGCGCGACAUCGAACUCUACCUCUGGAAGAUGGACCGUACAGGUUUAGCUCAGCAAGGAGUCCCUCUAGCCGUAGAAUUCCAACGCAGAACCGAGUCUGCCAUUCUAAGCAUACUGUGGUACUGUGUUCAGUGCUCAAAAAAUCAACGUAGAAAAAGAUGCUGUAGUGCUAUGGUGCUGCGAGUGGCCCAUCCCAGCUCAUAGCACCACAUGUGCAUAGCGUUUUGCUCGCGUUGGUUUCUUGAAACGGCCCGUACGCUCAAGACGGAAAGAGGCUUGAAACCUUCCCCAGAGUUGUAUUGGAAAUCGAUAAGCCAUAG